AUGGAUGUCUCAUCUCUCUACAUUAAUAUUCCCAUGAAUGAAGGUCAUCGAGCUAUCAGGUACUUUCUACACAAGUUUCCAUCACCGGACCGUCCAGACGAUACUACUGUUCUUCGACUCACUGAGUUGGUACUUAGACUUGCUGCUUUUCAGUACAAUGGAGAAUUCUAUCUGCAGAAGAAAGGAGUUGCCAUGGGAAUUAAAAUUGGACCUUCCUACGCAUGCCUCUUUGUCGGUUGUAUCGAACAGGAGAUCUUGAGGAGCUUCCGAGGCCCACAGCCUCUUCUUUUGAAGAGGUACAUCGACGACUAUGUAGGAGUCGCAUUUUCCCCCUUGGAGUACCUGAAUGAGCUGAUUGCUCAUUUCAACGAUUUCCAUCCGUGUCUCAAGUUCACUCACAAGAUCUCUGAGGAUUCACUCCCAUUUCUAAACAUUCAACUUUGGAUAAAUGGCCAGCAGAUUAAAACUAGUGUACACUACGAGUCUACAGAUACUCACUGCUACCUAAAUUAUUUGUCUUCUCAUCCACCCAGCUACAAGCAAUCAAUUUCCUUUCUCACAACUCACCCGGCUCCGGCGUCUUUGCAGUGA